AUGAGCGACAAGCAAAGCUACUUUCCACCCGCUCCUACCUCCACUCAAAGCACAUCCUCAAGCACAUCCCCCCCUUCCACUCCCGACGUUGAGGAAGCCAAGAUCAACAAGGAUGAUCUGAAGAAAGACCCCAACCAGCACCCUCUUCCUGCCAUGAUGCGCGACUUCCCCAAGCCCGAGGGCGAUCUAGACAUUGACGAAGCUCUUGGACGCCAACCUGGUCGAUGGACUAUUGCUGGACAGAUGGAAGCCAAUCGAGCAAGAAGCCCGCAGCAGAGAGCCCGACAGAUCAGCCUCAGCCAAGCCAACUCGGCAAAACAAGACCUCGAUGCAAUCAAGGCUAAGCUCCUUGCAUCGCAUCAGAAGAUGCAGAGCCGCUGA